AUGUCCACCCAUCUCCCCCGAGGCAAGUCGUCAAACUCCCUCAAAGACGAGCCGAAAAAAAAGGCGUUGAAGAAGUUCACCGCGGGCAAGGUGAGCCGCAACUCCUCGUACGGAGCGCACCUCAACAAGCUCACGCGGAUCAAGAGCAACGACUCCGGGGGCUCGUCCUCGAACGAGCCCGAACGACCCAACUUCCAGCGCUCCAAGUCGUCCGCAGACAUGCUCCGGACCCUGUCGUACAACAAGCUGACCAAUCUGAUCACCGCAAACGAGCGAACAAAGAGCAUGACCAACCUCAAGAUGCUCAACACAAAGCCCUCCAAGUACAAGCUCGCGCUCGACGCCAAGCCAGACGGCUCUGUUUCUUCCGACGACGAGGAGGAGGUCGACACGUUCGACGACACCGGGCGAGAUAGCUCGUCGCCGCCGCGCCAGCAGUUCUACGAUAAGAGCUACGUGCUGUCGCAGUCGUCCGGCCAGGAGCGGCCGAUGUACGACGCGCCGCUGCAGGCUAGCGAGAGCUCGAGGCCGUCGUCGUCGGAGCCGUCGCAGUCGUACCACGAGCCGAGCGUGCCCGAGACGCCGCCGAGCUCGACGCCCACCAAGACGUCUGUCCAGACCCGAACGCAGCAGAAGCUCUGGCUGCAGCGGGAAAACCUGCACUCGCUGGCCGACAUGGCCGACUCCAACAGCGUUUUCGCGUCGAACGUGACGCGGCUCGCGUUCGAGCAGCUCUCGCGCGAGUUCCUCUCGAUCCGCAGACACAGCAACCCGACGAUCAAGUCUCUGGCGCGGCUGAACACGAGCUCGCUCAGGGUGAAGAAAACGCGGGACCCGGAGCAGCCCGACCAGUUUGCGGGCGCCGUGGCGGACUUCGGCGACGCGGUGGACCGCAUGUGGAAGAAGAACUGCGCCGACUUCGAGCAGCAGCACAAACUGCACUACGACGCGCCCGAGCGCAAGAAGCCGGCCCAGCCCCAGCCCCAGCCCGUGCGCCAGUACGGCCACCCGCCGCCCACCACGCGCGCGCAGCAGCAGGCCAAGCGGUCCUCGCAGAACGUGGUCAACCUACAGAACUAG